UAUGUCGAUAAGCUUGAUGAUAUGUUGGAUCUAAUUCUGAAACAGUACUGAAUAACAGCUUUCAUUAGUGGACUAGGUCUAAGCAAUAAUGUGGUCCUAUUUGUCCAGUAGGAUGUUUUCUUGUACGACGUAAUUAAAGAAUCUCUUCUGUGUCUUGGGUUUGGUUCUCAUUGGAGUAAGGUCGUAUGGAGCCUAAAUCGAUUGUACUUGUGGGAAUCUACGAUUUCAGGGUUUCUGAUUACAAGAUUGGAAUCCGAAAAGAAUCGACGUUUCCAUUACACAGAACACUCUGCUACAUACUGUUAUGUCUUUUAGUCUUCGUAAAUGGUUUGCCUUGUCUCGGCCACGAGAACAUGUUUGAUGUGAAAGCUUUAUAUGUUGGGAAGGAAUUGUGGAGAGAGACUCUGUCAUUGCAAUCAGGUUCUCGGGUUUACAAGUUAGAAGGAGUAAAGUCUAAUUCUUGUUAUGAAGUGAAGAUAUCAUACCCUGCUUCUAUACCAGCUCGGUUUUCUCUGAAACUACUAAAGAACCGUGAAAUGGGAUUGAAGCUAAACCAGAUGAGGAGAUUACUAAACACUGAGAAGUUGAUGUUCAAGGUGGAAAGUUUUGAAGAAGUUAAUAAUAAGGCUGGAUUGAAUGUUUUGGUGACCGUGGAACCUGAGGGGAUUGUGGCAAUACCAAAUUCCAAAGAAAGAUCUAUCAUCAUUUACAAUAUAGUUUGUGAAGAACAACUCAUGGGCAUACCUUAUUCAAGCUGGUCAGUGGUUAUAUUAGUAGCUUUGUGUCUCGUGGUGGCGUUAGUUCCUUGUUUUCUACCAUCUUCUCUUCUUCUUAUAAAAAAAGAUCAAGGUGCAAAUUCGUCGCAUCUCAACCACGGAAAGGAUCCUUGAGAUCAUACAUGUUCCUUAUUGAUAUAUAUCUUGUCCGUUAUCAAUUCAUCAUUUUCAUCAUCUUAGUGUUCUUUUGCUCUUACGUUUAGUUAAGGGGAAAUCUCCGAUUUUAGUACAAACCGACAAAGCUCUAGUUAUCUAAAAUCUUUCUUUUGGAUUCACUUUAAAUCAGUUCUGGUUGUUGAUUUACUCCAAUUACUCUGAUUCUGUUCUUGCACAAUCCAACAUUGUCUUUUCUUCU